CAUGCAUCCGCUACAAAAUCACUCACACAGAGAGAGAAGAAAGAAGAAAGAAGAAAACCCUACUUAGAAUUGCUACUGUACAAGAGAAAGAGAGAGAGCUCUGCAAUCUGCAAGCAAAGAGAGAGCUGAAAAGAUCCUUAAGCUUUCUCUCUUCUGUUCCAGAAGAAGCUCAACAGACACUGAGAGUAGAGGGGGCAGCAAGAAUGUAUGGAGAUUGCCAAGUACUGUCAUCCCUGGGAGGGAAUGGAGUUUCUUCAGAAUCCCUCUUUUCGCCGCAGACCCAAACCCCUAACUUCAACUUCAUGGCUAACAUGUCCUUCCACACUUUUCCUCCGAUCAUACCCAAAGAAGAAAUGGUGCUGUUGAGAGGGAAGGAGGAGAUGGAAAGCGGAUCGGGGAGUGAACACAUGGAAGGAAUGUCAGGUAACGAGCAAGAUAGCGCGCUACAGCCCAAAAAGAAACGCUAUCACCGCCACACUGCUCGCCAGAUCCAAGAAAUGGAAGCAUUGUUCAAGGAAUGUCCGCACCCGGAUGACAAGCAGAGGCUAAGACUCAGCCAAGAACUAGGGCUCAAGCCCAGGCAAGUCAAGUUCUGGUUCCAGAACCGGCGGACCCAGAUGAAGGCGCAACAAGAUCGGCAAGAUAAUGCGAUACUGAGAGCUGAGAACGAUAACCUUAAGAAUGAAAAUUAUCGGCUGCAAACGGCUCUCCGGUGCAUAAUAUGCCCUAAUUGUGGCGACCCGGCGAUGUUAAACGACAUGGCUUAUGAUGAACAACAACUUCGUAUCGAAAAUGCUCGACUCAGAGAAGAGUAUGAACAAGUAUGCUGCCUGAUUUCGAGAUACGGCGGCCGGCCAAUCCAAGCUCUGGGGCCUGCGGCUCCUCUUCUGGCGCCUUCCUUGGACUUGGACAUGAGCAUUUAUCCGAGGCAAUUGGAGGAGCCAAUGGCAAACUGCAGUGACAUGAUUCCGAUGCCCCUUUUGCCGGAAAAUUCCAAUUUCUCCGGCGGAGGGAUAAUCAUGGAAGAAGAGAAAUCACUCACAAUGGAGUUGGCCAUGUCAUCAAUGGAUGAGCUCGUGAAGAUCUGUCAGGCAGCGGAGCCUCUUUGGGUCCUGAACAACGAAAGUGGAAAAGAAGUGCUUAAUUUGGAAGAGCAUUCAAGGUUGUUUCAAUGGUCGAUGAAUCUCAAACAGAGCUCGGCCGAGUUCCGGUUGGAAGCUACCCGGGCCACCGCCGUUGUCAUCAUGAACAGCAUAACUCUGGUUGAUGCAUUACUAGACGCCAACAAAUGGAUGGAGCUGUUCCCUUCCAUCGUUUCCAGGGCAAAAACUCUUCAAGGUGUAACUUCGGGCCUUUCCGGCCAUGCCAAUGGUUCCCUUCAGCUGAUGUAUGCAGAACUGCAGGCCCUUUCUCCUCUGGUGCCAACACGAGAGUGUCAUUUUCUUCGCUACUGCCAGCAGAAUGUAGAGGAGGGAACUUGGGCAAUCGUCGAUUUUCCAUUAGAAAAUUUGCAUGAAAAUUUCCAAACUUCCGUCCCUAUAUACAAGAGAAGGCCCUCUGGUUGCAUCAUCCAAGACAUGCCCAAUGGAUACUCAAGGGUUACUUGGGUGGAACAGGCCGAGGUAGAAGAUAAACCAGUCCACCAUAUUUUUGAUCAGUUUGUUGGCAAUGGGUCGGCGUUUGGAGCUCAACGCUGGCUAGCGAUCCUACAGAGACAAUGCGAGAGGCUCGCAAGCCUCAUGGCCAGAAACAUAUCCGAUCUUGGAGUGAUACCAUCGCCGGAAGCUAGGAAAAACUUGAUGAAUCUAGCGCAGAGGAUGAUAAGAACAUUCUGCAUGAACAUAAGCACUUGUUGCGGCCAGUCAUGGACGGCCCUCUCGGAUUCGGCCGAUGACACCAUAAGAAUAACGACAAGGAAAGUCACAGAGCCAGGCCAGCCCAAUGGCCUCAUCUUAAGCGCUGUCUCCACCACUUGGCUGCCUUGUCCGCACUACCAGGUCUUCGAUCUCUUGAGGGAUGAACGCCGCAGAGCUCAGCUUGAUGUUCUUUCUAAUGGCAAUUCACUGCAUGAAGUGGCUCACAUUGCAAAUGGCUCUCAUCCUGGAAAUUGCAUUUCUCUUCUUCGCAUAAAUGUAGCAAGUAACUCAUCACAGAACGUUGAGCUGAUGCUGCAGGAGAGCUGCACCGAUGACUCCGGCAGCCUCGUCGUCUACUCCACUGUCAACGUGGACGCCAUACAGCUGGCCAUGAGCAGCGAGGACCCCUCCUGCAUCCCGCUCCUGCCAUUAGGCUUCAUCAUCGUUCCCAUGGAGCAAGGCGCCGCCAACAAUGGGGACACUAAUCCUGCCCCAUCUUCCGAGGACGGAAACCGGCCGGAAUCAGGCUGCCUACUCACAGUCGCGCUGCAAGUUCUGGCGAGCACCGUCCCAACCGCGAAGCUGAACCUCUCCAGCGUCACCGCCAUCAACAACCAUCUCUGCAACACACUGCACCAAAUCAACGCCGCCCUUCUCGGCUCCGGCGGCGACAACGGCAGCAUUGCUGGCUCUUCCUCGGAGCCGGCAGCGGCCAAACAAUCAGAGUAGUAGGGUUAUGAAUCCCGAUUACCCAAAACCUCCCGCAUCUCUCUUUCUACAGAAAGAGAGUUGGGAUGUUGUGGGUAAUUAGCUAGGAUGGUAGAUUUUCAGUUUCAAUGGUUUAAAUUUAUGGGGUGGGGUUGGGGUUGGGUUGGGUUUGGUUUGGUUUGUUUUGGUAAAUAAAAGGUGAAACGAAUUUAGAAUAUUGAUCGACGGGGUUGGUAGUUGAGAGACUGAUCUCUUUCUGUCUCUCUCUUAGAAGAAGAUUUAAGGAUUCUGAGGAGGGAGAGAGAGAGAGAGAUAGAGAGGUAGCUGUGUGGGGAAGUCAAGAGCGCACCAGAUAGGACCCUUGCUGCAUUGUCUUGGUAAUUAGGCAGGCUUAAUGAGAGAGAUUAAUUAAUGAACUGGAGGGGUUGGAACUUGGGGUAUGUUUAUACAUAUUCCAGCUGGGCAGUGGCAAGUCAGCAAGGGUGGUGGUUCGGGAAUUGACUUCUGCUUUUGUUACAUGAUAUGAAUUAUUACUAAACCUUUGUCUUUGUCUCUUAAUUAUUAAUUAAUUAAUAUUGCUAGCUAGCUAGCUACUAUAUUAUUGUUCUUGAUG